AUGUUUGAAUGUUCGAUAUGCUUAGUUGUAUAUGAUAACACUUAAGCCCUUACAUUUCCAUCAUGUAUGCAUACAUUUUGUAAAAAUUGUUUAAAAUCAACUUUUGAAACAAGAAUUAAAGAAUAAAAUGUUAAUUUAGACAUCUUCAAAUGUCCUGGAUGUUAAAAACCAUUUGAUUAAAGUUUCAUAGAGAAAUUUGUGUCUGCAGAAAUUUUUAAGAAAUAUUGUGAAUUGAGUAUAGAAAUGAAUCAAAUCUAUGGAUUGGAAGAUGAUGAAAUUUUAGCUAAUUGUUUGAAUGAAUAAUGCAGAGAGAAAUAUAUAAUUUGGAAGAAUGCAGGUUUCUAUGAUUAUAUUAUUAUUAAGAAUACUAAAAAUGUAUAAAAUGUAAAAUGGAAUAUUGUCGCUUAUGUUUUUUACCAUAACAUAAGGAUAUAUGUACUUGUGAAGAAUAAAAAAUGCUUUAUUAAGACAAAGUUUAUAAAGAUUUAAAAAUUCUGCUUAAAGCUUGUCGAUGUCCUAAAUGCAGAAUUAUGGUUGAAAAAGUCGCUGGUUGUAAUUUUAUGACUUGUAAAUGUGGUACUUUUUUUUGUAAUUUAUGCGAUAUAUAACUUGAAAAACAAGUGUUAUUUUAUAUAUAAAUUAUUAGGAUCAUAAUUCUCAUUUUGAAGGAAAUAGUCCAUUUAAUGCUAAAUGCAAAAUUAAAGUGAAUGGUAAAUGGGAAACAAGACCUGCAUAAAAAUUAGAAGAUCCAUAAAUAAAAAAAAAAAUAAUAAUUAAAGAAGUUGUAAAUUAAAUUAAUCCUAUACCUUGCCCCAAUUGUAAUUCAACUAAUCCUUAAGUCACCAAAUUACAAUUAUAUGAUAGAAUAGCACAUUGCAAUAGUGUUAAAUGUUAGAAUAGAGCUUAUUGUUUAACAUGUAAAAGAAUGAUUCCACAAUAAGAGUUAUUAAAUCACUUCAAUAAUACAUUAGAUUGCAAAUUUAAAUGA